UGAAACACAUGCGCACUUCUGUCGCGAGAAGGUCUCUAGAAGCUGUGCCGGUCCAGGUGUAGCGCUUGUUUGGAUUGGAGUUUGCUUGUAUUAUUGCCUUUCGGCGCGGGCAUCUUUCGUAGUCUUCGAACACCUCGACUGAAGGCCGUAUCAUGGUUCUGCCCAUUAUCAUUGCCGUUGUUGCGGCCCCCGGUCUUCUCGGAACCCAGGAAGCUAUUCGCCAGUCUCAAGCAAAGGAGAAGCGGGAAGAACAUCGAGCGCGUCGAUGCAAUCUCAUUGCAACCUGCGUGAAAUCUUCCCUGCGAAGUCGAGAGAUCAAUGGUCGUCCAAUUGUUCUGAAAAAUGGCAAGCUUUAUAUCGAUACAGGAACAAGCGAUGGGGAGUCAUUCGGUCACCCGUACGCUGGCUAUUACCUUCCGUAUCCCGAUGAAAAAUAUGAGGGGCUAGUGACCACCAUCACUGACGAAGCCCCUAUCAUGAAUUGGGUGUAUGUGGACAAGGAAACAUACGAAUUGAAAUACGGCGUCCGGGUGAAUGCCCAGCCAAAUUUUACAGGCCCAUUCGACUGUACCCGUCAAGACCGACGUUUGACUUUCGAUGGAUGGGAAGGAUGGUGCGCCGUCGAAGAGUUUCCAACCAUCUGGUCCUUAUACUUUGACAAAGACGACGAUGGCCUUCGCUCUAAGGUUGCGGAGGGAACUCGAGUUCUUGAAGUUGAGCUUAUGCGGAAGGAAAAGAAAUGGGUGAAAGAAAUUGACGCGAGGCAACAAGACCAAACAACGAAACGGGCCGUUGACGUAAAGGAAGAUGCUCCAAUGGACAAGCCAAUAACAGAAGAACCACAAUUGGACCCUCCUGGGGUGGGGGUUUCCUUACCGGAGCCAUUGAAGAUUCCAAAAUCGAUAUUUGCAAAAGCGCCACCAUCGCCAGAGCCAGUACCGCCGCCAAAGACACCUCCACCAGAAACUCCUCCUUCAGCAGGGCCUGCGACCUCAACGCCUUCGCCUUCUAGCGACCCCCCGGGAAGGUUGAACAGAAAACGAGGCUCACGAGCCUUGGCCCAAGCACAGAUGUUCGAGCAAAUGGGCCAGAAAUCAACCCCUUUACCGCCUAAAAAUGGGAAGCUGCCAAUACGCCGCACCAGUGGUGCGUCAGACAUAUCCGAAUCAGGAACGAAUGGCAAUGCUCCGGUGCCAUACUCUACUCGUCCCGAUUCCUCCAUUCUGACACCAUCGGCCCCUGCCCCGGCAGCCAGACAAGAACCGGAGCCGAAAGCCCUAACCUCAGAUCCAGCGAUCUUCGGAGGCAUGCUAGGGGGUGCCCCAGGUCGACCUCCCCAACCGAACAGGUUGAGAUAUGAUCCCAAUUCUAACAAUCAGUAUCCACUUCGCCGUAAAGAUUCAGCCCUAACUGAUAACGAGCCACCUCAGGCCCCUCUUCCACGUGUACCGACCUCACCCACUAAACGCCGCCCCAUUUCCCCUAACAAGGGUGUCCCACCUCUCCCACGUUUCCCCGCUUCAUCGGGUGCAAGACGGCCAAUCUCCCCUGAGAAAAAUCGGGCAGUAUCUCCCGAGAAACGCAGACUUUUCAUGCCGAAAGACUCGCAGAAGGCUACCCCCAAGAGCACUCCAAAGAAUCAACCAAACAAGCUCACGAAGAGGUCCCCUACCUCUCCUACUGAUCGACGACCCUCCACAUCCUCCAAAGAUGGCGAUUCAAAAUCCUCUCCGAGGCCUCUUGCCCGGACCGCUACAGCUCCCCCACGUGUUUCAAUGGCAAACACCAUGACCACUGGCGAGAAAGGUUCAAUGCAUCGCAGCAUGGCCUCUAGUGGUGGCUCUGAGCCAUCAUCUGCUGAUCGACCCUCGUAUGAGAGGACAACUUCAAAUCUGUACCGGGAACUGGACGACAUACUCAAGCCAGGACAGAGUACUGGUAGAGCUAGGGGUGCAACGGUGCCUAGUAACUCUCAGGGAAAUGGCAGGGUUGAAAGACCAGUCCCGCCGAACAGGCCAUCCACAUCUAAAGAGGCCGCCAAAACCACCAACAUACCGAGGUCCCCUCUUCAAAGGAUGUUUUCUAUUGCGAGAACGGCGUCAGCAAGGAAAAAGGAGGAUCGGAAGUCAGGAGAGCCAAUAUGAGGAUGUUUCGCAGCUAAUAAUUUUCAUUUAAUCAUGUACUCGUUUAGGCAAAGAAUGAUG